AUGUCACCUCCCUUGGACGCUGGAGACUUUUCUUUCCCGUCCUGCGACACCUCGCCCUUCGACCCUUGCGUCUUUCCUGUGCUGGACACCCCCGAGUUCGCCCCCCAAGCCGACCAGUUCUGGAAGCGGGUGGCUGACCGCAACCGAAAGGCGCUAGGAGAUGCCCUGCUGGAGAAUAACCAGCUGCAGGCCGCGCUGAGCCAGAAGCAGGAGGAGAUCGAGUCCCUGCGGGAGAGGAACCUGCGGCUGAAGGAGCUGGCUGGACACACAAGGCACUUGGCUUCUGUUCUCGACGGAGGAGGCUCCCUCGGCAGCCUCAUCGGCCGGGGCAGCGCCCUCCGCACCCUGGCGAAGUUCCCCCGGGGCAACGCCUUGACCCUCCGCACGGCCAGCGGAGCCUUCGGGUUCCGCUGGGUGCCCGGCCGAUGGCCACCGUCCUCGCCAGCGCCAUCACAUCGCCGUCCCCCCGAGCGAGCGUCGGGGCGCGGCGUGGGGCGCCGAGCCCUCUUCGAAGCGCUGGGAUAA